UGUACACACAUGACUGUGUGGCUAGGUUCAGCUCCAACUCAUUAACUAAGUUUGCUGAUGGCACUGUGGUGGUGGGCCUGAUCUCAGACAAUGAUGAGAAGGCCUACCGGGAGGAGGUGGCUGAUCUAGCACUCUGGUCCCAGGAUAACAGCCUCCUCUUGAACAUCAAAAAAACGAAGGAGCUGAUCAUGGACUUUAGGAGGGCACAUCAUCCGAGGACGUACACUCCAUUGAGGAUAAAUGGGGAUCCUGUGGAUAGGGUGAACUGUUUUAAAUAUCUGGGAGUCCACAUCUCUGAGGAUAUGACAUGGGCAUCACACACCUCAGCACUCGUGAGUAAGGCAAGGCAGCGCCUUUACCACCUCAGGCAAUUGAGGAAAUUCAGAGUGUCUCCGAGGAUCCUCCAGUGCUUCUACGCAGCGGCGGUGGAAAGCAUCUUGUCCAGGAACAUUACCAUCUGGUUUGGGAAUUGCUCUGCCCAGGACAAGAAGGCUCUGCAGAGAGUAGUGCGUUCGGUCGAACGCACUAUGGGAACUUCACUCACCCCCCUGCAGGAACUAUACAACAGGAGGUGCAACUCCAGAGCAAACAAUAUCAUGAGAGACCUCUUCCACCCCUGCAACGGAAUGUUCCAGCUGCUACUGUCAGGCAAACGCCUCCGUUGCCAUGCGGUGAGAACGGAGAGGUUGAGAAAGAGUUUCUUCCCAGAGGCCAUUCGGUCUGUAAACGCCUAUCUCACCAGGGACUAACUCUACUGAACGUUUUUCCUUCCAUUAUUUAUUAUGUAAAGAUAUAUGUGUGUUAUGAUUGUGUUUAUAGUUUGUUUGGUUGUUUGUCUUUUUGCACAAAAGUCCGCGAACAUUGCCACUUUCAUUUCACUGCACAUCUCGUAUGUGUAUGUGACGAAUAAACUUGACUUGACUUUAAAGUGAGAGGGCAAAGAUUUGAAAGGGAUCUGAGGGGCAAUUUUUUUCGCACUGUAGCUGGUGGGUAUGAAACGAGCUGCCAGAAGAGGUAGUUGAGGCAGGUACAAUAACAAUGUUUAAAAGACAUUUGGACAGGUACAUGGGUUAGAAAGGUUUAGAGGAAUAUGGAUCAAACGUGGGCAAAUGGGACCAGCUUGGAUGGGGGAUUUUGGUUAGCAUGGAUGAGUUGGGCUGAAGGGCCUGUUCCAUACUCUAUGACUCACAGCGUGUUCUUUUGAGUUGCUCCCAUACACCUGCUGUGGCUUACAAAUCCUUUUCAUUCAUUACACCACUUGAGAUUGGACUCCAGUAACUGCUCCGGAGACAAACAAUUCACGUUAAACCUUUGCUUCAAGAUAAUUGUGAAAGAGUUUUCAUAAUGCUGUCAGAAACCAAAUCUGUUGAUUAAGAUGAUUGUGUGUUAUUGUCAGUAUUGAGGCUGGUCUGAAUGUUUGGAAUGAAAGCUUUGGCGCUGAGCUGCAGAAGUUUGGAGUUUGUUCACAGUUGAUUGGAUUGUUUACUGAUACUGCGGCAACAAGGGCUACACAAAGCGCUGGGUGGAGACAAGUAGAGGGCACAGCGCUGCCCCACGUUUCCCAGUCAGUGUCGGGAAUCGGGGCUGUCGGUUUGACCGGCCAGCCAUUGAACCGUGUGACCAAAGCAGGAACACUCGGCCAAUGUGUGCGGCGGGUGGAGCUUGGUAUUUGUUUAACCCCGUGGUCAGGGCACUUUUUUUUACCUGGACUCCACGGGAAAAACGUGCCCUGUAAAUGCCACAAACCAGGAUCUCCCCGUCUUCUGGCCACCAAGUGGGGAGGCAGCGAUGAAGGUUGUGAAGGCAGGUUGUGAAGUGGCAGCUGGUGAUUCCUCAACGCCUGCAUCUGGGUCUGCAGCCCAGCGAGAGGACAAAGCCUCGCAGGUGGGUGAUCCGGGCAAGGAGGCGGCGACAUCAAACCAGGCACCUUUGGUGAAACACAAUGGAACUGCUGUCUACACGUGUGUGGAACAAAGGCGGAGGAGUGGGCGGCAGGCCGUGGCGGAGGUUGAAUUGGAGGCCAACCUGAGUGAACCCGCUGGGAUCAGGACUGCCUGUGUCGGUGUCGUGGGCAUGACCUGCCAUUCAUGUGUGCAGUCAAUACAGACCCAGCUGUCCAAACAGAAGGGGAUUGUGGGCAUCGAGGUGUCUCUCGCAGAGAGCAAUGCCACGGUGUGGUACACCCCCUCGAUCAUCUCCAUUCAGCAGGUAUGUGAGGCCAUUGAUGACAUGGGGUUCGAGGCGACCCCACCGCUGGAGAAGGAGGCUGGCGGACCGGGUGAAGCGGUGGUCAGCUUGCGGGUGGAAGGCAUGACCUGCCUCUCGUGCGUCCGCCUGAUCGAAGGCAAACUCGGGAGGCUGCAGGGUGUGCUGGAAGUCACCGUCUCCCUGAGCAACCGGCGGGCAGUAAUCAUGUACCAGCCUCGUCUCAUCCACCCAGAGCAGCUGCAAAGGCAUAUUAAAGAGGCGGGAUUCAAAGCCGCCAUCGAGAGCGGGACCGGCUCUGCGAAACCGGCUCUGAACAAUUCCAUAAACUCACACGAUGGAAAGCGCAACCAGUCGCCAACGCCCAAGGUCAGAAGGCCAGGCGUGGCCAGGAGCCUUGUGAUGGUGACUCUCCACAUAGAGGGCAUGCACUGCAGGUCCUGUGUGUCCAACAUUGAGGGGACGGUCGGGGAGCUGCCAGGGGUACAGAGCAUCUCGGUGUCUUUGGACGACCAGAAAGCUGUAGCAGAAUACAACCCUCUCCUGACAAAUCCAACCUUAUUAAAGUCGGUUAUAGAGGCUCUACCACCAGGGAAGUUUAAAGUACAUCUUCCCGAUGGGAUGAAGGUGGCGAGCGAGACUUCAUUCCCAAUUCCCAACCCGCCAUUACUGCAGCAACCAGGAGGGACCUCUGCUCAACACCCUCAACCCCCCGCUGGUGCUGACGUUGACACUGGAGGGACAACUGAUAAUCCUUGUGUCCAGUCAAGACAGAGUGAGAUCUCGCAAAGGAAAUAUGUGAAAUUGAUUCGUGUGUUACCGGCCAAUGAGCUGGGAAUGAUCCACUUUGACCCAGCAGAGACAAAGACGGAGCGACCGAACACGGCUGUAAAUGCAACAGCGUCCGUGUCCUUCCUGUCUGCAGAGUCUUCAAGACGUUCCACUGCAAAGCGACAAGGUCCCUCUGUUGAGAGUUUGCAGCUCGUAUUGCCGACUGAUGACUGUGACCUUGAAUUUCUACCAUUCGUGGACAAACCCAGUGACCACAGCUUUGAGAAGGUGGAAAAAUGUUUUGUGCAGAUCACUGGUAUGACUUGUGCUUCCUGUGUGGCCAAUAUUGAAAGAAAUCUUCAAAAAGAAGAAGGUAUCCAUUCUGUUCUGGUGGCACUGAUGGCGGGAAAAGCAGAGGUGAAAUAUUAUCCGGAUAUCCUCCAACCUGCUACCAUUGCUGAAUUCAUCACAGAUUUAGGUUUUGGUGCAACUGUGAUUCAAGACGAGCCCCCAGCUGGGAAACUGGUGCUUAACAUUACAGGAAUGACCAGCGCUUCUUGUGCCCACACCAUUGAGUCCAAGUUGACGAGAGUUGAGGGUGUUUUGUACGCGUCGGUGGCCCUGGCCACCAGCAGAGCCCACGUCACUCUGGACCCGGAGCUGCUGGGUCCACGGGACGUCGUCAGGAUGAUCCAGGGACUCGGAUUUGAAGCAUCGUUAGUCAAAAGAGAUCCAGCCUUGCACAAUCUGGAACAUAAAGAGGAAAUUAAGCAGUGGAGGAAGUCUUUCUUGUUCAGUCUUGUCUUUGGCAUCCCGGUCUUUGGCCUCAUGGUGUACAUGAUAGUGAUGGACAAACACAGCGGCUCCAUGCCACCCGAACAGAACGUCCUCCCCGGAUUAUCCAUCCUGAACCUGGCUUUCUUUAUUCUUUGUACUCCAGUUCAGAUUUUUGGAGGAUGGUACUUCUACGUUCAAGCCUACAAGUCUCUGAAGCACAAAGCUGCCAAUAUGGAUGUGCUGAUCGUUCUGGCCACUACGGUGGCUUAUCUCUACUCCUGUAUAAUACUGAUUGUGGCCAUGGCAGAAAAGGCAGAACAAAGCCCAGUGACUUUCUUCGACACUCCACCAAUGCUGUUUGUCUUCAUUGCCUUGGGGAGAUGGCUGGAGCAUAUAGCAAAGAGUAAGACUUCAGAAGCACUGGCAAAGUUGCUCUCACUGCAAGCUACGGAGGCCACGGUGGUUACACUGGGACCAGACAACUCCAUACUGGGUGAAGAGCAGGUAGGUGUGGAUCUCGUUCAGAGAGGUGAUAUUAUAAAGAUCGUUCCUGGAGGCAAGUUUCCUGUUGAUGGGAAAGUCGUGGAAGGUUGCUCUAUGGCAGAUGAGUCUCUGAUCACAGGAGAACCUAUGCCAGUUGUGAAAAGACCAGGAAGUAUAGUGAUUGCUGGAUCUAUUAAUGCACAAGGAACUCUGUUGAUUAAAGCAACCCAUGUUGGUUCAGACACGACAUUAUCACAGAUUGUCAAACUAGUAGAAGAAGCACAGACAUCAAAGGCUCCAAUUCAGCAACUCGCAGAUAAAUUGAGUGGAUAUUUUGUCCCUUUGAUUGUUGUCAUUUCUGUGCUUACGCUCAUUACCUGGAUUGUCAUUGGGUAUGUUGACUUCAACAUCAUGAAGACACACCUAUCGGGCUACAACGCAGACGUCUCCAGAGCCGAGCUGAUUGUCAGAUUCGCGUUUCAGACCUCCAUUACGGUUCUGUCCAUCGCAUGCCCCUGCUCGCUGGGUCUGGCCACUCCGACGGCUGUCAUGGUGGGAACAGGGGUCGGUGCUCAAAAUGGCAUCCUCAUUAAGGGUGGAGAACCGCUGGAGAUGGCACACAAGAUAAAAGUGGUGAUGUUUGACAAGACUGGGACAAUCACCCAUGGUGUUCCUCGGGUAAUGAGGGUUCUAGUACUGGGAAACAUUGCUCAACUAUCCCUGAAGACACUGCUUGCAGUUGUUGGCACUGCAGAAGCCAGCAGUGAACAUCCUCUUGGAAGUGCCAUCACCAAGUACUGCAAGGAAGAGCUUGGCACAGAUGUGCUUGGGCACUGUACAGAUUUCCAGUCUGUUCCAGGCUGUGGCAUCAGCUGCAAAGUUGCCAACGUUGAAACUGUGCUGAAGCAAAGUGAACAGAGUCCCAGCAAGGAGCGAGAGCAGAGUGGAGAGUUACUGCAGAUCCGUGACUCACACGAUACAGUGUCCUCGCAGAUAACUGGAGCAGAAGGAACAGUGAUUUCCCAGACGUACUCUGUGUCGAUUGGAAACCGGGAGUGGAUGAUACGCAAUGGGUUGCAUGUCGGGAAUGAUGUCGACGAGGCGAUGAUUAGUCACGAAAUGAAAGGACAGACAGCAGUGCUGGUGGCUGUAGAUGGUACGCUGUGCGGGAUGAUGGCAAUCGCAGACACUGUCAAGCCUGAGGCCGCCCUGGCUGUGUGCACCUUGCAAAACAUGGGAGUGGACGUGGUGCUUCUGACGGGGGACAACCACAAAACCGCAGCCGCCAUUGCCAGCCAGGUUGGCAUCAGGAAAGUGUUUGCAGAGGUCCUCCCCUCUCAUAAAGUAGCCAAGGUCCAGGAGCUUCAGGAUCAGGGUAAAACGGUGGCAAUGGUCGGAGAUGGCGUCAAUGAUUCUCCUGCCCUGGCUCAAGCUGAUGUGGGAAUCGCCAUUGGAACUGGCACAGACGUGGCAAUUGAAGCAGCCGAUGUGGUGCUGAUUAGGAAUGAUCUGCUAGAUGUUGUUGCGAGCAUUGAUUUAUCAAAAAAGACAGUUUCUCGAAUUCGCCUCAAUUUUGUGUUUGCCUCAAUUUACAACCUGGUGGGGAUUCCUAUUGCAGCUGGAGUGUUUCUCCCUUUGGGCCUGGUGCUACAGCCAUGGAUGGGGUCAGCUGCAAUGGCAGCUUCCUCUGUUUCUGUUGUGGUCUCCUCGUUACUGUUGAAACUCUACAAGAAGCCAGAUCCAGAAAAGCUUGAUUCUCAGGCACAAGGCCGCAUGAAGCAAUUGACGCCGUCACAAGUUAGUGUGCGUAUAGGAAUGGAAAACAAACGGCGAGAUUCUCAGAGGCUCAAGACCAAUGACAUAUUACGACGAAUCAGCCGAUUAUCUCUGAACUCAUUGACUUCUGACAGGCGAUCUAAUCGGAUACAAUCUCGUCGUGAGGAACAUGAUGAAUGGUCCCUGCUGGUUGGAGCACCCAAUGAAGAGCAUUGUAUCUAAAGACUGAUGCGAAUUAUGAAUAGAUAAAUAUAUUUGUAAAAAAUCAUGUCUAAAUGAUGCCCAUACAACUCAAACCUUACUGAAUGGCUUACAGCUGCAGAAAUACUGAUCAGGUGUAUCCUUAUUUGAUGUACUUCAUGCAUUGCGUAUGACCAAGCUGAUUUAUUCAUUCUCACCACCUUUGAACCAAAUGUGUACAGUCUUUCUCAAAGAACAGUUUAAGGUUUAUGUUUAUGAAAAGGCAUUUUGUAAUUAAUUAAUUAAUACUAAUUGUUUUACUCUCAGUGUACACAACUUUAAUAAGUCCAAAAUAUUGUAUUUUAGUCACUAAACCCACAAUACACUGCAUUUCUGAACAAACAGAAUUGCAAUGAAUAUUAUCACUAUAAAUAUUGAUAUCUUUAAAGAUUACUUGGCUUGAAUCCACAACUUGUUUGGUCCAGCUUAUUUCCAUCUCUAGCUGACAUGCAGUCACCACCAAGUAAAAAAUGUGGCAUUCGUGACAUCCAGACUCGCUGCUGAAUUUCUAAGAUUUUACAUCGAAGACUUCAGUCACAAAUUCAUACCUAAUCUGAUAUGUGUGAGAAAUUGAAGAUUUGCCAAGGAUCUCGGAGAUUGUGUAAUCAUUAUUAUCUUCAGAAAUGAUAAACCUAUACUAGUAACUGCAGAGAUGGCAGAGGUGAAAAGAAAUUCCUGUACCAUUGUAAAUUGUUGUAAUUCUCUCCCCAAGGACGUGAUAUGCUCAAAUAUGGAGAUUGUUUGCGACUGAGGUCAAUAUAUUGUUGCACACAAAGGAAUUUGGGGUACAUGAGGAAAUUACAUGAGUACUCAGUACUCGGUGUCAGGCAGCGUGUACAUAGGAUCAGAGCUUGCCAUUUCUUUCUAAUGACCUUGCAUCGGAACAGGUGAUGGGAUCGAGCAGGAACGUGAUCCAAAGGUUCAGGAUCAGCCUUGAUGUUUACGAAUGAGACACAAGCUCAAGGAGUGUACAAGUUACCCCACUCCUGUUUACUAUGUAAUCAUGUUCUAAUUUGGAUGGCGGAUGUGCAGGAGUGGGUGCCGUCUGUGUAUGGCAGCCUGCCCGCAGUUCAUCUCUUAAGCUUUUUUUAAUUUUAAGUCCUGUUAAAAAAUGUUAGCUGGAGGUCUUUUAUGUGGU